UGAACGGUAACUUCGUCCAGUCCGACCAAGCCGAGUCCAGCGGGAAGGACCGGGAAGGACCGCUCCGUCCGCCUCCACCAUGUCCCCCCGGGAAGUCUGGACACCGCCUGCUGGAGCAGGACCGCACACUUAGUAGAGGAGACAUUUUGGGGGAAACUUUGAUGGCGCGGUGGCUCGUGAGGAAUUUCUGGGUGAAGCGAACCGAGGCGAAGAUUAGCCGACGGAGCUAACAGGCGCAUUCAAUGAGAGGAGAGUGUGUGUGUAUCUAUGUAUGUAUGUAUGUGUGUGUAUGUGUGUGUGUGCGCGCGCGCACUGUCCUGCAGGUUUAUUUAUUGAGAGGAGGAGUGAAUUGUGAAGGUUCAUUUCUACAAAGACUUCUCUGAGCUUCCUCUAACUACUCUUCUGGGACUUUUAUCGAGACUUGGUGCGCCGCAGCACGGACGACAAUGCGCAUAUACAUGGAGCUGAUCAGAUGAGACUGAUCGAUUACUAUGAGGCUUCCUGGUAGUUUCUCGGAUCAGGCGUGCUGAGCUGUGAUCGCCGUGUUCAUCGUGCGAAGGAUGUCCGACUCGGAAAGUUCCAAUUCGUAUCUGGGCUUGGAGGAUCCGCAGUGGCUAUGCAUGGUCACGCUGUUCAUCGCGUCCCUGGUUACUCUCAUACUGUAUUUCCUACAGUAUUUCCAGCACGGGGUCUUAGGGAGCGAUCGGGGAGCUGUCGGGGACAAUGCGGAGGAGAAGGAGGAAGCAGCAGCGCUGCUGGGAUGGGCGCUGUCACUGGACAGCUGGAGGAGUCAGUGGAGAGGAGCCUGGUGCAGGGCUUUGAAUGACGAGGCCAGAAGAAGAGGGGGUGCAGUUCUGUUGUCUUUUGAAGAGGAUGGCCUCGAGGCGUCAGAUCUCACAAUCAGUCAAGUGUCCAGCUUUCAGAAGUCUGCCCGGAACAAGGUGGCUCGCUGCACCGUGGUCGGCGACGAGCUUCAGUUCUCCGUCAGCGCCGCUCCGACGGCUGCGUCCGCCGCCGAUCCCUGUAAAUACACGGUGUGCAUCGCCCCACUGGAGCUGCAGCUUCAUCUGCGGAUGGAAGAGGCUGCAGACGAGGUGAAGGUGAGCUGGGACGUGUCUCCGCUGGAGGAGCGGGCGCUGCGGGUGACGCCGGCCUCCACCCAGCUGAACGCAACAAGCGCGGAGCGUGACCCGUCUGAUCCCACCCGUCAGGACGGCGCCGGCGUGGCCGCCGUGAGGGAGGCGCUGAGGCAGCUGCUGUGUGCGAGCCGUCCCUCAGUGCUGCUGAGCUGCAGGCCCGCUCAGCCCUCAGAGGUCAAGGAGCUGCACAACAAAGUGGUGUCGCCCCCGAAGCCCCCCCGCGCCCACGACUGGAAGCUGCUGGUGAAAAACAUCCGAGUGACCCUCGGCGAGGAGGAAGAGGAGGAGGAGGAGGAGGAAGAUGCUGCAGGCAGCAUGAGUCCUCUGUGCGUCCUGCAGCUGGACGACCCGCCGCAGAGGUUUAGCACUUCUGUCCUGAGGAACACCUGCCGUCCCGCCUGGGACCAGCCCUUCAUCUUCGAACUGAACGGCCGAUCAAAAGAGCUGAACAUUCAGAUGCUGAAUGAGGGGCGGCCUCCGGAGAGUUCGCUGCUGGGUCAGGUGUCGGUGCCGCUGGAUCUGGUGAAGAAGCAGCCCAGAGGCCAGCAGACGCUCGCCCUCCUGACCGGGGACGGAGUGACCGGGUCGCUCACCACUGAGUUCACCUACCUGGAGCCCAGCGAGGUGCGGUCGUGGCAGCCCCCCACCCCGGCCGCCAGCAAGAGGGUGGAGAUGGACCGGACGGUGAUGCCGUGCGGCACCGUGGUCACCACCAUCACCGCCGUCAAGAGCAAGCCGGGCCGGCCGCUCCCGCUCAGCCUCGGAGACGCCACCCAGAAGGCGCCGGCCGGCAGGUCCAAGCUGGCGGAGCGCCGCGUGUCCGAGCAGGGCUCCAUGCUGAGCGGCACCGUCAGCAAGGCGCUGUCGUCCUCCGACACCGAGCUGCUGAUGCUCAACGGCGCCGACCCGGUGGCCGAGGCCGCCAUCCGGCAGCUGCACCAGUCGGCCAAGCAGAAGCUCAAGUCGCCGGUGAAGAAGAGCACCAUCAUCAUCUCAGGCAUCGCCAAGACGCCGCUGUCUCAGGACGACGAGCUGGCUCUGAUGGCGGGCUACGCCGCCGCCAUGGACGCCUCCAUGUCGGAGGGCGGCUCCACUCAGGACGUGACGGCGGCGGUGGCGUCGGGCGCCAGCAGCAGCGGCAGCCCCCCGGAGGGGGCGGAGCCCCGGGAGGGCGACGGCCGGAUCGGCCGGCCCCCCUCGGACUGGGAGAGCCAGGCCGGCGAGGAGGAGGAGGAGGCGGACCACGCCUCGCUGUCCAUGUGCGUGUCGGAGGCCAGCUGCAAGAAGAGUCGAGGCAGCUUCCUGCAGAAGAGCGCCAGGCUCUUCUUCCGGCGCCGCCACCAGCGCAAAGACCCAGGGAUGAGCCAGUCGCACAACGACCUGGUGUACCUGGAGUCCCCGGCGGCGGUGGAGCGGGCCAGGCGCACCGCCACGCUCAGCCGCCUGCUCAGCCGCCGGAGUAAGAACAAGAGCAAAGCCAACGGCUCUACCUCCAUGGGGGAGCCUCACGCGUGACCCCUCCCCCUCCUCCACCUCAGUCCCACGUCGCCCGCCGCCAUCACCUCGUGCUUCCUGAACAAGGCAGACUGUGUGUGGAUGAGGACCGCGUCUCGUUUUGGCUCGACGGCACACAGAGAAUAUCAUUUUGCAUGUUUCUUCUUCUUUAAGAAAAAAAAACAAAACAAAAAAAAAUCUGGUUUUAUGCAGCAUUUUGAAAAGUCUUUAAGUGCUUUUUAAGGCCUCGCCGCCGCGGACCGAAGGGGGGACUGAAGCGGGCCGCCGCCCUUUACCUCACCGAGCGGGGAAACCCGGACCAAAGACGAAGAGGAGCAGAGUGGUGUUUGUAUGAUUUGCACACUUCCAGUAGCGUUUUAUGUCACACGGUGCAAUGACAGGAGCUGCUCUGGUGACGGAGGCUCUUCUGUGUUCAAAGGGAGACGAGCUUUUCGGCUGCACGGCCGGUGCAGGCGGGAGAAUAACACGACUACUUCCUCACACUAAUAUCAUGAAAUCCCUGGAACUUCUCACCAGUGACAACAAAUUAUCUAUUGUAUGCGUGUGUGUGCGUGUGUGUGUGUGUGUGUGUGUGUGUAAAAGCUGCAGAGCUAUCAGAAGAAGUCAGCCUUACGUCAGCGGCAGGUGGGAAAAAGACUCAAAAGAAGGGCGUUUUCUGCGUUCUGCAGUGUUUGAGACGAUAUGCAACUUUCUCCUGUGUCUUCCUGAAAGACUCCACUGUUAUCAGCAGGUCGUUUGAAGGGAGAGCUUUUUAAUCCAGGGAUUCAUGAAAAUAUGUAAACUUUGAACACCUUUGGGAGCAACCAGUCUGUUUCCUUUUUCUUUUUUUUUUCUUUUUUUUUUUUGUCUUGUUCCUUUCAGACCAGCUGAUGAUUGUAUUUUUUCUGUGAGCAGCUUGUUUUCAGGACAUCUUAACUACUGUUUCUCCAUAAGUUAUUCCACUCGGAGGCGAAGCAGCAGAGCGAGCUGACAGGUUGCCUUAAAGUUUACUUUGAGGAUGUCGUCCCUCCCCCCGGACUGGAUCUCCACUGUGUUCCCCCGCCAUCGUGAAGCCUAUGCACAUAUCUGAGUGUUUACACCAUGAAGACUACCUGAGAGUGAAAAACACUCCUCUCCAGUCCAGAUGCAGUGUUGGAGGUCUUUCUGUAUCACAACCGAUCAUCCAAAAUAACAUUAAAAAGUACAUAAAACAUGAAAAGUGGGAAAGCCUUGGUCAGGCUGGUAAACAUUGGAACUCUGAGGAAAAGGGUUGUUUUCAGUUUUAGAGCGCGCUACCUGCAGCCUGCGAGCGUCGGUCUGUACUCAGUAGGGCUGGAAGUGACAUUAAUGAACUGCUUCCUGAUGUUUUUUUUUUUUUUUUAUGACAUCUGCUCUGUACACAAAGUGUGGUUUCCCUCCAGGGACUGUAACUAACAUUCAUUUUCAGCAAUAAAUACUGAAUACCUGA